CUUAGGAGAAUAAAUGCGGUAGAGUUAUCUGGCAAGAAUUAAAACCUAUAAUCGUGUCCCUUCUCAUUUGUUAGAUUUCUAAAACCUGACGGGUACCUAAUACUUAGUGAUUGUACAACAAAGUAUAGUACGAGCAGGUUCAUUCAGCCCCCCGCAAGUGCAUAUCGGGGAUUGAAGCGGCUGUGCUGCAGCUGCGACUCCGCGCUUCAACUUUAACUUGGUACUCCUUUUAUAAUAUUGCGCCUUACCUCACCUUACUAACUUUCUGAUGAUGACCCUCUCUUUUACUAUUUUCUAAUUUUCCGACCCUGUCGCUCUCUUAAACUACCUAUUCCCCUUAAGUGCUUCAUAUCUCUUCAAUAGCGCCCUUAUCCUCGAGGCAGCUCUUAUGUGAGGAGAGAAACACGGCGAAAAUAAGAGGGCAAUUAUUGGGAGAUAUAUAUCUGUCUCUACCACAUAUUUAUGAGUGGGUAUCGAAAUUAGACGAAUUAAGACGUGGCGGCAUCAUGAACCUCAGCCUCCCAAUUCGAUCGUCGACGAGCUUAAGAAAUCAGGCUAGUAGGAAUUACUUCACCAACUACACACCACCAUCAUCGACAGAAGCCGUCAAUGGCCCAGUACGUGAGCCCGCAAGGGGGCUCUUGGCUAUCAAUGACCGCCUUAUAGUCGGCGUUGAUUUUGGCACCACAUUCUCCGGAGUAGCGGCAGUAUAUACGUCGACGCCAGAUGACGUCGAGAUUAUCAAGACAUGGCCGGGUGGGAAUGGCAUCACAUCUGACAAAGUUCCCACUGAGAUAUCCUAUGAUUUUCCACCAAAUCCGACUCCAGAAACCCAACCCAAUGUCAAAUGGGGUUUCCAAUUCAAACCCGAGGAGUCGCGGUUACGAUGCAUCAAGCUCUUCCUCGACCGCUCACAGAAGCUGCCCUUCUAUGUUAGCCCACAGGAGACCGCCACUCAGCUUAAGAAGUAUAAUAAGACCGUCAUAGAUGCGGUUAGCGACUACCUCACUGAGAUUUACAAGCACACUAUGGACACGCUCACCCGGCGGUAUGGCGAAUCGUUCAUGGCGUCGACUAACGUGGACUUUGUGCUUACUUGUCCGGCCGUAUGGUCUGAUGCUGCAAAAAACGCAACACUACAGGCUGCUGAAAGGGCAGGGAUGGGCCUCAAAGCAGAUAUCCAGAUAAUUAGUGAGCCUGAAGCUGCCGCUGUCUAUACUCUCAAGGCUAUUCAACCAAAUCAUCUCAGCGUAGGAGAUAACUUUAUCGUAUGCGAUGCGGGUGGUGGAACGGUAGAUUUGAUCGCAUAUAAAAUAAUGUCACUUAAACCUCUAAGAGUAGAGGAGUCUGCUGUUGGGACUGGCGGCCUUUGUGGAAGUGCAUUUCUAAAUUACAGGUUCGAGGAACACGUUCGAGGCAGACUCGGCCAUAGUAAGUUUGAGGAGAUGAAAACAAAGAAGGCCAAGACGUGGCAAAUGGGUCUUCGAUAUUUCGAAGAAUUUGUGAAGAGAAAUUUCAACGAAGAUGAGUACCAGGAGGUCAAUGUCCCAUUCCCAGGACUUCCCGAUGACGAAGAAGCGCGGAUAGACUCUGGAUUCCUUGUCAUGACCGCCGAUGAAAUCAAGGGGAUCUUCGAGCCUGUGGUCAAAGAAGUCUGCGAUCUGGUCCAAGGUCAGGUAGAUGGUCUCCGUGGCAAAGGAGGUAUCGUAUCAGGUAUCAUACUCGUCGGAGGGUUUGGUCAGAGUGACUAUCUUUACCGACGGCUGAAGGCGCACUUCACGAGCGCGGCCCCGCCCCCGUACACAGAGCGGCCGACCCACGCGGUCAGCGCCGCCGCCGCCCUUGACGGAAAUGGCAAUAUCGAAGUUAUGCAGCCUGUAUAUGCCUGGACGGCUGUUGUUCGUGGCGCUGUACUCCGCGGACUCGAAGGCAACAUGGUUAUCAGCAGGAAGGCGCGCAUGCAUUACGGAACGUCCUACGCAACUGUCUACGACGAGGAGAAACAUAGUGUGAGCGAACGGUACUGGAGCCCCUUGUGGGAGCGGUGGAUGGUCAGCGACCGGAUGCAGUGGCAUAUAGCCAAGGGCGAAGCCAUCUCCCCCCUCUCACCCAUCGCCUUCCACUACACUCGCAACUUCCGGCCCGGACAGUCGCUAGUGGUUACAGACGACCUGAUCGCGUGCGAGGCGGACGAACCCCCCGCCGCGUACUCGAGGGAACUAGUGCACGUGUGCACACUCACUACAGAUCUGAGCGCGGUCCCGAGAAGCCUGUUUACGAGAUUAACGACGACGAGAGGCGUCGAGUUUGACAACCUCGACUUUACCCUCGAGAUGAUCGUCGAUAGCGCGGGCUUGAGCUUCGAGCUGAAGGUCGAUGGGGUCAGAUACGGGAGGGUUGAAGCCGAGUUUCAUUAGCGUUGAACGACUCAAAUGGAGAGGAUGAGAGACGGUGAUGAAGAAUGGUGGGAAAUUUCCGGAUAUAGUUAUGAAUGAGAUGCCUAGGGGUGAUGU